UGGUUUAUUUGCAGACUCUGAUCCGCCCGUGAGACGAGAGGGUUAGAGGGACACUGUCACUGAUUCUGCUUUCUUGGUGGUCGUCUUCUCGAGUCUCUGCAGCUGAAUGAUGCACAACAAAGGGAAUUCCUGUGAACUGAGUGAUGGCGCCGUACUCGACUGUUUUAUCUGCUCAUCGUCUUCUCACUCGUCAACAGCAGCUUCGUCUCUGAGCUGUUGCUCCUUCGAGGAUUACAAACUGACCACUGAGUGGCUCCUGAACCACACAAGUCACCGGCCCAAGGUGGCGGUGAUCUGUAGCUCCGGACUGGGACUCCUCGCUGAAGGAGCCGCCAACAAACAGACGUUCAGGUACCAGGACAUCCCCAACUUCCCUGUUAGCACAGUCGCGGGUCACGAGGGCUGCCUGGUGUUUGGGACGAUCGAGGACACGCCCUGUGUUUUCAUGCAAGGUCACUUCCACCUGUACGAAGGUUACUCGCUCUGUCAGGUGACUUUUCCUGUGAGGAUCUUCAAGUUAAUGGGGGUGGAGUCAGUGUUGGUGACGAACGCAUCAGGUGGAAUCUGUCCAGACUUUAAAGUUGGUGACAUCAUGAUCAUCAAAGACCACAUCAACCUGCCGGGAUUUGCUGGACAACAUCCGCUCUGUGGACCCAACGACGAGCGUUUUGGGAUCAGGUUUCCGUGCAUGUCGGACGCCUACAGUAAGGAUCUGAGGCGUCUGGCAUUGGACGUGGGCUCUGAGCUCGGCUGCCGUGACUUUAUCAGAGAGGGAGUUUACUGCAUGGUGAGCGGACCCAACUUUGAAACCAUCGCUGAGGCCAGGAUGCUGCUGAUCCUGGGCUGUGACUCUGUGGGAAUGAGUACAGUUCCUGAAGUGACCGUAGCUAAACACUGUGGACUCAGAGUUCUGGGUCUGUCGCUUAUCACCAACAAGGUGUCUCUGGACUACAGUCGGGAGGAGAAGGUGAACCACGACGAGGUUCUUCAGAUCAGUAAAAUGAGGGCGGAGCUUUUGCAGAAACUCGUCUUCACACUGAUCUGUCGUUUCCAGCAGCAAAGCAUCAACACGCACUGAAAGACGAGUCAUAACAGUCUCCCAUCAAUUUAUCACUUCAUCCCUUCAUCAGGUCAUCAGCAGCCAGAACCAGUCUGUGGCAGACCUCUGGGACACUGAGGUGGAAACCAAAACCAUGAUGAUGAAAAGCUGAUUUCACCUUGAACAUCUUAGUCAUCCACCUCACAACCAAUCAGGGACUCUGCUAAGAUGCCUCCCAGGCCGCCGAGAACCUCACACACACCUGUAAAUUACAAGAAUAGUCACUGGAAGUGCAGAAGGAGAUCGUGCAUCCCAUGCUUCACCAACCCACAUGUACAACAAUAACAAGACCCCACUACCACAUAUAAACAACCAGCUCCUUAAAACAAGUCUGAUUACAUUUCCGAAUGCUACCAUCCAUGUUCCAAUAAUAGUUUUUACUCACAGGUUGGAGUCUCGGAAUCGAGGGUGUGAGGGAGGGCUGCGAUGUACUGAGGGAGUUUCGUAUAAUCUCUGCGUACCGCAGGAUCAAAAACCUGAAAGACCUCGUCCACACUGCAUUCAAUACCGAGACUGCCGAUAAGGAAGAGCUUCGAGGUUCUGAAAUUGGUUUUAUCAGCCACACCCACAUCUUUUUUUAAACAAUUUCUUUAUUUGCUUUUAAGAAACAUAUGGAACAGUCAUAACAAUAUACAAACAUAAAUACAAUAAAACAAACAUUAGGGAAAAAAAUUUAAAGAUAAAAACGAAAUAAUUUAAAAUAUAAAGAGUAUGCAUACGUACACACCCGCAUACAUAUACAUAUACAUAUAUACACAUACACAUACACAUAUCAAUACAUACACUCGCAAAUUAAAUUACAAUGCUUCUUAUAUAGAUACUACUUACUACUUACUUGAUCAAAUUACAAGGCUACCAUUCUGUUCCCAGCAGAGGGGCAUUUAAUCAAACUUUCCAGAAUCAUUCUGUUAAUCCAAUAUGUUUUCCAGAUCUGUUAAUUCUAGAUAAUUAAGAAAAGGACCACAUAUCUUUUUUGAAAACUUCUGGUUUCCCCUUCUAAAAAUAGGUGAUCUUUCCUAUGGCUAUACAUGCAGACAAUUCUUAAUUUAUGUUCUUUUGAAUAGCAACCUAAGAUGAAAAGCUUGGGCUCCAUUGUAUCGACAAAAUAACUUCUAUUAUAUCUUUUACCUCUGCCCAGAACUUUUAUGUCUUAUCACAUUCACUGACACAAUGAAUAAAGGUUCCCUUGGAUUGUCCACAUUUAAAACAUAAAUCUGUGAUAUUACCAUUAAAUUGAUUUAGUUUUUCUGGAGUUAUAUACGUUCGCAUCAGCCAAUUAUAUUUUAAAAGCCUAAGACGUGUGUUUGCUGUUUGUGUUUGAGCUGCUUUGCAAACAUUUUCCCAAUCAUCAAAUGAAAUAAUGUCCUGUAAGAGAGGAGAGAGGACUCCAAGCUCAGAGUUUAGCUUCAGAAGAUUUGGGGAACCAGAUAUGAAUAAAUCAUAAUAUCUAGAUAUUAUGUUUUUCCCAGUACUGUCUUUUGAAACAGUUUUCUCUAAUGGUGAAAAGGGGGGAACAGCUAGUGAUUGUUUUUGGUUUGCUUCAAUAAAGCUUCAGAGUUGCAAACAUUUGAAAAA